AUGGCAUCUCCUAUAAUUGUUUUAAUUAAAUUAUUGUUCAAUCCAAAUGUAUCCAAUAAGAUGCUUUUACAAAUGGCCUUAAAUCGGGUCAAAGCAAUUGGAAUUGGUAAAAUAAUUUCAGCAUUAUUAGGAUCACUUUUAGUUGCUGUGUCUUCCUUUAUAAGAGUUCCUCAAAUAUUAAAACUAACCACCAAGACAACUGAAGAUCGUAUUUCAGUUGCUGAAGGAUUAUCAUUAGAAGGUUUAACUCUUGAUACUAUUAAUUCCUUAAUUCAUGUGAUUUUCAAUUAUCAACAUAAAAUACCAUUUUUAAAUUAUGGUGAGAGUUUGUUAUUAGGUAUUCAAAAUGCAAUUAUUAUCUUAUUAACCAAAUAUUAUCGAUUACAUUCUAUCCACAAGAUUGGUGAACAUUGUGGAAUAAAACCAGAGGAUCAACUUGAUCUUGCAGCUUCGGAUGCUCUUAAAACAGUUGGGGUGAUGAUUGGAGCAAUUGUGGUUUUUGCUAAACUUGUACCUAGUAAUAUCCUUUCAUAUUUGGAAAUGGCAAGUAUUCCAAUUUCAAUAAUUGCAAAAUUGCCUCAGAUUAGACAGAAUUAUAGAUUGAAAACUGCAAAGCAUUUAUCUGAUAUUGUGUUGAAAGCAAAUGUUGUAGGGGCUCUGAUUAGAGUAUAUACUUCUUCAGUUGCACUUAAUUCAAAUGCAAAGAGGAAUAAGAAUACUAGGAGUGAUAAGAUUUUGGUUGCGGGAUAUUCUGUUUCGUUAUUAAUGCAUUCUAUUUUACUUGGACAAUCAAUUGUUUAUGAUAAACUUAAGAAAAAAGACAAGGAUGUUAAAGGAAUUGAAGAAAAGAAAGAAGAAUAG